AUGAGCAGUGCCUCUAGCAGCACCAGGGCUCUUACUUUGGCUCACGGCUCUAUCGAGCACGUUCUACCAGUCCCAACGGCGUCUUUUUUCCCAGGCUCCCAGCUCCAAGACCAAUUCUCCAAACAACUUCCUGCUGCCACUGAAGGAUUCAUCUCCGAUGAAGAACCAUCGUCUCCAGCAGAGCUUUUGGGUCAAUUCCUUGGCUAUGUAGCUACUUUGGUCGACCCUUCCACCAGGGGCCAAUUUGACGACGUUCUAGCCUUCGCUUUGGCCGAAUUCGAAUCUAGCUAUCUGCAAGGCAACGAUAUACAUGCGUUGGCUGCAAAACUUUUGGCAGACGACGACGUGUACGCAACUUCUUUGGACAAGGUGAAAACUCUAAUCAAGAACUACUUCGAUGCUCGUAUCGCAGCCCAAAGACCUUUCACAAAGUCCGAUUCUGCAUUGUUCAAGAGUGCGGGUGCUAAAGAAUCUCAACUGGUUGCCAUUUUCGGCGGCCAAGGUAACACCGAUGAUUAUUUCGAGGAAUUACGCGAGCUUUAUCACACUUACCAUAGCGUUAUCUCCGAUGUUAUCGAGUCUGCUGCUUCGAAAUUGGCAGAACUGGUCAGAUCCACUGACGACACAGAAAAAGUGUACACUCAAGGUUUUGACGUUCUACAAUGGCUGAAAAACCCAGAAACCACCCCUGACAACGCUUACCUUUUGUCUAUUCCCAUUUCAUGUCCAUUGAUUGGUGUAAUUCAGCUGGUCCACUAUGCUGUCACUGCCCGUGUCUUGGGCUUCACCCCAGGUGAGCUAAGAUCACAUUUGGUCGGUGCUACCGGUCACUCCCAGGGCCUUGCGACCGCUGUGGCCAUUGCAGAAGCCGAUUCUUGGGAUUCUUUCUUCAAAGCUUUGAACAAGACCAUCACUCUUCUGUUUUCCAUUGGUGUGCGUUGCUACCAGGCUUACCCCAACACUUCCAUGUCUCCUUCCAUGCUUGAGGACUCUGCCGAAAAUGGUGAAGGUACUCCAUCUCCUAUGUUGUCUGUGUCCAAUUUGACAAAGGAACAGGUUCAAAAAUACGUUGAUCAGACCAACGCCCAUUUACCAUCGGAGAAACACAUUGUGAUCUCCUUGGUGAACGGUGCCAGAAAUCUGGUUGUAUCUGGUCCCCCUCAAUCAUUGUACGGUUUGAAUUUGACCUUGAGAAAGGCUAAAGCUCCAGCGGGUUUGGAUCAAGCCAGAAUUCCACACAGCGAAAGAAAGCUCAAGUUUUUCAACAGAUUCCUACCCAUCGCAUCGCCAUUCCACUCUCACCUAUUAGAACCAGCUAACGCUUUCAUUAAGCAAGACUUAGAAGAUGCUGGGUUGGAAUACAAUGCAUCCGACCUCAAAAUUCCUGUCUACGACACUUUUGAUGGUAAGGAUUUGAGAGAGUACAAUGGAUCUAUUGCCGAAAGAAUUACGCUGUGCAUUACCAAAUUGCCAGUCAACUGGGAAGUUACAACGCAGUUCAAGGCUUCUCACAUUUUGGACUUUGGCCCCGGUGGGUCUUCUGGCCUCGGUGUCCUUACUCAACGUAACAAGGACGGUACCGGUGUCCGCGUUAUCGUUGCUGGUGCUUUAGACGUCAACCACGACGAUGAGUAUGGUUUCAAACAAGAAAUCUUUGAUGUUUCCUCCAAUGGCCUUAAGUACUCACCUAACUGGCUCGAGGAAUUUCAUCCUAAGCUGGUCAAGACUAAAGGCGGUAAGGUUUACGUUGAUACUAAGUUUUCGAAGCUUUUGGGUCGCGCACCUCUGCUUGUACCUGGUAUGACUCCAUGUACCGUCUCACCAGACUUCGUUGCUGCUACUAUCAACGCCGGCUACAGCAUCGAAUUGGCUGGUGGUGGUUACUUUUCUCCUGCCCAUAUGACUUCUGCAAUCGACUCUGUGGUUUCUCAGAUCAAGAAAGGUUACGGGUUUGGUCUUAACUUAAUCUAUGUUAACCCCAGAAUGUUGCAGUGGGGUAUUCCAAUGAUAAAAGAGUUGAGAGAGAAGGGAUAUCCUAUUCAGUCUAUGACUAUUGGUGCCGGUGUUCCAUCCCUAGAGGUUGCCUCAGAAUACAUUGAAACUUUGGGCCUCACUUACUUGGGUCUAAAACCUGGCUCUGUUGAGGCUAUUUCUCAAGUCAUUGCAAUCGCUAAGGCUCAUCCAACCUUCCCAAUAGUUUUGCAAUGGACUGGUGGUAGAGGUGGUGGUCAUCAUUCCUUCGAAGACAUGCAUUCUCCAAUCUUCCAGAUGUACUCGAAAAUCAGAAGAUCGUCUAACAUCAUCUUGGUCGCGGGUUCUGGUUUUGGUUCUGCUGAAGAUACUUAUCCCUACCUAACCGGUGAGUGGUCUACCAAGUUCAAUUACCCACCCAUGCCCUUCGACGGUUUCUUGUUUGGUUCGAGGGUCAUGAUCGCGAAAGAAGCUAAGACUUCACCUGACGCCAAAAAGGCUAUUGCUGCAUGCAGUGGUAUUUCUGAUGAUAAAUGGGAGCAGACCUACAAGAAGCCUACUGGUGGUAUUGUCACUGUUCGUUCUGAAAUGGGUGAGCCAAUUCACAAAAUUGCCACUAGAGGUGUGUUGCUAUGGAAGGAGUUGGACGAAACCAUCUUCAAUCUACCAAAGAACAAGCUGCAACCUGCUCUAGAUGCCAAGAGGGAUUACAUUAUCGGCAAAUUAAAUGCUGACUUCCAAAAGCCUUGGUUUGCAACCGUUGAUGGACAGGUCCGGGAUCUCACCGACAUGAACUAUGAAGAGGUUGCUCAGAGAUUAGUCGAGUUAAUGUAUCUGAAAUCCGCUGAUAAAUGGAUCGAUAUUACCUGGAGAAAUUUUACUGGAGACUUCUUGCGUCGUGUUGAAGAGCGUUUCACUAAAAAGAAGACAGCCUCUUUGCUCCAAUCCUACUCCAUUUUGAACAAGCCUUUCGAGGUUUUAACCACCAUCUUUGAAGCUUACCCUGCUGCCAGAACCCAAUAUCUAAACGCCCAGGACGUCGACUACUUUUUGAGUUUGUGUCAAAAUCCAGCUCAAAAACCAGUACCUUUCGUUCCUGUUUUGGAUCAAAGAUUUGAGUUCUUUUUCAAGAAGGACUCCCUAUGGCAAUCCGAAUACCUAGAGGCCGUUGUUGACCAAGAUGUUCAAAGAACAUGUAUUCUACACGGCCCCGUCGCUGCUCAGUACACCAAUGAAGUGGAUGAGCCCAUUGAAAGUAUCAUGGACGGCAUUCACAAUGGCCAUAUCGAGAAACUUCUAAAGGAUUACUACAACGGCGAUCGCGCUAGCAUUCCUGUUGUCGAGUACUUCGGGGGCGAGGAUCCAGUAACAGUCAAGUUUGAUUCUGUUGAAACCGAUGGCAAAAUUAUUUACCGCGCCCCUGCAUCCGCUAAUGAACAAGAAUGGUUCAAGCUACUAGCAGGCUCCAAGAGGAACUGGAGACACGCCUUUUUCUCUACACCAAGAGUUGUUCAAGAUUCUUUCUAUGCAAAGAAUCCUGUUCACAAGGUGUUCAAGCCCUCCCCUCAAUCCGUCGUUCAGAUUUCCAAUCCUGAGGACCCUGCAAAGUGCAACAUUACUUUGCUAGAGCUGGUUCAGGGAGAUUUGAAACCCACAGUGUCUUUGCGCUUGAUCAAAGAUAACGUGAUGGAGUUGAAGUUGAUUGAGAACAGAACGAUGGACGGAAAACCUGUCAGUCUACCACUGCUCUAUAAGUACCAGCCUGAGGAUGGUUUCGCUCCUAUCUCUGAGGUUAUGGACGGUCGUAAUGAUCGUAUUAAAGAACUCUACUGGAAGCUGUGGGUCGAUGAACCUUUUGACCUAGAUUUCGAUGCAAAGAAACCUAUUCAAGGCACAGAUGUUACCAUCACUGCUAAGGACAUCGCUGAAUUCACUCACGCUAUUGGAAACAAAUGCGAAGACUUUGUCUCGAGACCAGGCAGGAAGCUAUUGGCACCAAUGGACUUCGCAAUUGUCGUGGGCUGGAGAGUUAUCAUCAAGGCUAUUUUCCCAAAAACUGUGGAUGGUGAUCUUUUGAAGCUUGUUCACAUGUCGAACGGUUACAGAAUGAUUCCUGGUGCCAAGCCUCUGCAAGAAAACGAUGUGAUCUCUUCCACUGCAGUAAUCAAGAGUGUCGUCAAUCAGCCUAACGGGAAGAUCGUUGAGGUUGUCGGUAUCUUGAGUAGAAAAGGUUCCCCUGUUAUGGAGGUCACUUCUUCGUUCUUCUACCGUGGUAAGUACACCGAUUUUGAAAACACUUUCGAGAAAAUUACCGAGCCUGUUUACCAAGUUAAGAUAAACAGUGCUAGAGACGUUGCUGUUCUUCGCUCUAAGGAGUGGUUCCAGCUGGACGACGAAGAAAUUGAUUUGCUCGGUAAGACGUUAACCUUCGAAACUGAAACAGCUGUCACCUUCAAGGACGAGACUAUUUUCAAUACCGUGAAGUGCGAAGGUAAAAUAAAGGUGGAAUUACCAACCAAAGAGAAGGUUGAAAUUGGUGUUGUAGACUAUGAAGCCGGAGAGUCUCAUGGCAACCCAGUUAUCGAUUACUUGAGUAGAAAUGGCUCUACUUUGGAGCAAAAGGUCAACCUUGAAAACGCUAUCCCAAUUGCUGUCAAGGAUACACAGGCUCCUGGUACAAACGAGCCUUACGCGAGAGUAUCAGGCGAUUUGAACCCAAUCCACGUCUCCCGCCAUUUCGCCGACUACGCUAACCUACCUGGAACUAUCACUCAUGGCAUGUACUCAUCUGCUGCUGUUCGUGCUUUAGUAGAAACCUGGGCUGCCGACAACGUUUCGGCAAGAGUUCGCGCUUACAGCUGCCAAUUCGUUGGCAUGGUUUUGCCAAACACUCCUUUGAAGACUACCAUUCAACACAUCGGAAUGAUUAACGGUCGUAAAUUGAUCAAGUUUGAAACUCAGAAUGACAACGAUGAAACCGUAAUGGUUGGUGAAGCCGAAGUCGAACAACCUGUGUCCACGUUCGUCUUCACUGGUCAAGGUUCUCAAGAACAAGGCAUGGGUAUGGACUUGUAUGAGAAAUCCGAGGUUGCUAAAACUGUUUGGGACAGAGCUGAUGCUCACUUCAAAAAGACUUACGGUUUCUCUAUCCUGGACAUUGUGAAGAAGAACCCUACUGAAAUGACCAUCUACUUUGGUGGUGAGAAGGGUAGAAAGAUUAAAGCCAAUUACACUCAGAUGAUCUUCGAAACCAUUGUUGAUGGCGAAUUGAAAACCGAGAGAAUCUUUAAGGACAUUACGGAAGAAACUACCUCUUACACUUUCAGGUCUCCAAGCGGUCUUCUAUCUGCAACACAAUUUACACAACCUGCUCUAACCCUGAUGGAGAAAGCUUCUUUUGAGGAUUUGAGAUCUAAGGGUUUGAUCCCAACGGAUGCGGCCUUUGCUGGUCACUCCCUGGGAGAAUAUGCUGCUCUUGCAUCUUUGGCUGACGUGAUGUCCAUCGAAUCUUUGGUGGAAGUCGUGUUUUACAGAGGUAUGACAAUGCAAGUUGCAGUCCCAAGAGACGAGGUUGGAAGAUCGAACUACGGUAUGGUUGCCGUGAACCCAGGCCGUGUCUCACCAACAUUCAACCAGGACGCUUUGAAGUUUGUUGUUGAAUGCGUUGACAAGAGAACAGGAUGGUUAGUUGAAAUUGUCAACUACAAUGUUGAGAACCAACAAUACGUUGCCGCUGGUGACCUGAGAGCUCUAGACACUUUGACUAACGUCUUGAACUUCGUCAAGAUUCAAAAGAUAGAUAUCGUCAAACUUCAGGCUACCAUUUCUCUCGAAGAGGUGGAGAGUCAUUUGAACGAGAUCAUUGACGAAGUUUCAAAGAAAUCUGAAGCGAAGCCACAGCCAAUUGAUUUGGAAAGAGGUUUUGCUUGUAUUCCAUUGCGUGGUAUCUCGGUGCCUUUCCACUCGUCAUACCUAAGAAAUGGUGUGAAACCUUUCAAGAACUUCUUGAAGAAAAACAUCGUCAAAGAGAACGUCAAUGCCGACAGAUUGAUUGGUAAGUACAUUCCAAAUUUGACUGCGAAACCUUUCCAGAUUACAAAAGAAUACUUCCAAGAUGUUUACGAAUUGACUGGUUCCGAGAAAGUGAAGGAGGUUUUGGACAACUGGGAAAAGUACCAAAACUAA